ACGCGUGGAAGAUGGCGGCCACCACGGUGCAGCAUGUCGUAGCCGACGCGGGGGCUUUUCUAAAACACGCCGCUCUUCAUGAAAUCGGGACGAAUAUCUACACACUAAAAGAUGUCGUCAACGAAAUUCGGGACAAACAGACGAAGAAGAGCUUGGCGUUUUUACCCUACAAACUCAACUUCAAGGAGCCGUUUCCAGAACACGUCCGGUUCGUGACUGAGUUUGCGAAAAAGACGGGAGAUUAUCCCAGCCUUUCAGCUACAGACAUUAAGGUCGUGGCUUUGACCUAUCAACUGGAGCUGGAGACCAGUGGAGCUGCUCACUUGAAGAAGGAACCAGCAGUGAAGGUAGAAGUCCGCAGCACGCAGAGACACCCAGAGGCUCCAGUUAAUAUCGCUGGAUUCCACCUUCCUCCUAAGAAAUCCUUGGCCGCCUCAGCGAAUGACGUUCAUCAGCCUGCAGCGUCACGUGAUCAUCAGGCUUCUGAGAGCUCCGAGUUUAACAGCUUCCAGUUCUGGAGAGACCCCGUACCCCGGAUCGACGAUGACUUGCUCAAGCUGCUGGAAUCCUCAGGCAGUGACGUUCACGCUGAUGCCGUGUCACGUGAACCUCAGACUGCUGAAGUCUCGGAGUUUAACAGCUUCCAGUUUUGGAGAGAUCCCGUACAGAGCAUCGAUGAGGAGUUACUAAACCUGGUGGACGUCACUGAGAAAGUGCAGCAAGUGGAUCUGACGUGUCCGUGCAAGGAAAACGGUGACCACGGAGACGGAGUGGAAGACGAGGACGAAGAAGAGGACGACGACGACGGAGGCGGUUGGAUCACUCCCAGUAACAUAAAGCAGAUCCAGAUGGACGCCGGUGAAUGCUGUCCGUCGGAGGACGUCACCGUGGGCUGCGUGACCACCGACUUUGCGAUGCAGAACGUGCUCAUUCAGAUCGGCCUGAACGUGCUGUCGGUCAACGGCAUGCUCAUCAAACACACCAGAAACUACGUCCUCCGCUGCCACGCCUGCUUCAAGACUACUACAAACAUGAACAAAUCCUUCUGUCCACACUGCGGCAAUGACACGCUGAAGAAGGUGGCGGUGACGCUGAGUGAAGACGGCAACAUGCAGAUGCACUUCUCCAGAAACCCCAAAGUGCUCAAUCCUAAAGGAAAGAGGUAUGCCAUUCCUCUCCCACAAGGUGGCAAACACUCGAGCAACCCACACCUGGUGGAUGAUCAGCGUUUCCCUCAGCAGCGACUCUCUCGUAAGGCGCGGGCGAAGACGGACGUGUUCGACCCGGACUACCUGGCCGGCAACUCUCCGUUCUCCGAGCACGACAUUUACAGCCGGGCGGCGGGUUUACACCUGCGGGACGCUCAGUGCGGAGGAGGAAGACGACGCACCAACCCGAACGCCUCCCGCAAGAAAUUCGUGAAGCGGAAGUGAAUCGAGAGGCAGCGACAUGACUGACUGACUGACUAAGAAAAAAAAAACAAAUAAACCAUUACUAUGAAAAGGUGGAAACAAGUUGAAUACAACAGGAUUAGGUUUGCACAGAUACUGAUAUCGGUUACACACCAACAUAUUAUCGUAUGUGAUACAUCAGGGUUACAUCACAACUUAAUAUCAAGCUGUCCGAGCGUCACAUGGUGUUUAAUCAGUGUCUUUAUAAUCGUGUAAGAGGCGCAACACUGACAAAGUUAAACGCUUCUGUACUGAGAGUGGGGAGAAACAUCUGUCUUAUACGAGCGCAGUCCUCACUCCUCGCUUAAAAGAUGCUGUUUAAACACCAGAACAUCUGGGGGUAAAGGUACUAGGAUUAAAGAAGGUAUAAACACAGCUGCAUCAGAGCUCAAGUAACGAGUCCAAUAAAACCCUUGAUUGUUUAAUAUUAAGAUUUCAGUAUUGCAAAAAAAUUAAACAUUUUUAGAGAUUAAGAAGGUAUUCUGAAAGUCUGUAUUUUUCCUGUUGUGUGUGUAUUAAAUUUAAUAAAAUGUGCUAUUUAAAAAUUUC